AUGGUUUAUCGCUCUAUCGUCAAGAUCAUUAGCUUUCAUACGAAAAUUGACAAGCUCUCUAUCCUUGGGGUUCGGUCGUUUGACAACACCCGCAGCGAAACCAUUCAGUUCCAUACCCCUCUCACGCUAAUCGUUGGAUACAAUGGCUCAGGAAAGACGCUAUGUGGUGAAAAAGAAGUAUUUGCCCAGGUUAAGCUAGCUUUCAAGGCUACCUCGGCUGCCAAAAUGGUAGUCACUAGAAGUCUUCAGCUUACUGUCAAGAAAUUAACUAGACAGCAAAAGACUCUUGAAGGUCAACUAUUGAUGAUCAAAGAAGGCGAAAGAACAGCAAUUUCCUCUCGAGUAGCCGAGUUAGAUCAAAUAAUGCCACAAUACCUAGGUGUCUCCAAGGCGGUGCUUGACUCUGUGAUCUUCUGCCAUCAAGAUGAGAGCCUAUGGCCGAUGAGUGAACCAUCUGUGUUGAAGAAGAAGUUUGACGAAAUAUUCGAAGCGUUGAAAUAUACCAAAGCCAUCGACAAUAUCAAAGCUUUGCGAAAGAAACAGAACGAGGAGCUCGCAAAGUAUAAAAUAAUGGAAAACCACGCUCGGGACGACAAGGACAAGGCCGAUCGUGCUGAAAAGCGGUCUCUGAAACUGCAAGAAGAAAUUGAAGGCCUUCGAGCGGAGAGUCAUGAGCUCUCAAAAGAGAUGAGGCGUGUCGCUGAGCUUGCAGAUAAAGCAUGGAAGGAAUCUGAGAGUUAUGCGGAGAUAUUAGGUGCGUUGGAAGGCAAACGUAUCGAGGCGAAGAGUAUUCAGACAAGUAUAAACAAUCUAAAACAACAUCUUGUUGAGGUGGACGAAUCCGACGAAUGGCUCCAGUCAACAUUGGAGCAAUUUGAGUCACGACAAGCAGAAUAUAGAGAGCAGGAAGAUUCCCUGAAGGAGAAAUAUAUGGAUCUCAAAGAACUUAUUGAACAAAAUCGCCACAAAUUGGGGAUAAAACAAACUGAAUGUGGCAAGAAUGAAAACGAUAAAGCUCAGUAUGAUAGGCAGGUGGAGAGGCGAGGAAAGCUGAUCAAAGAUAUAGCUCGGCAAAACAACUUUCGUGGCUUUGACGGUGAUCUGGAUGAGACGGAUAUUAAUGAUUUCAUGGAGCGGAUGCAGAAGUUAUCCAAGGAGCGACACCAGGCCUUGGAGAAAGCUAAACGUGAGGCGCAAAAUCAACUGAGAGAUGCUCAAACGCUUCUCAACCAGCUUAGCCAGCGAAGGUCAGCUCUUCAAGAGGUGAAGAAUGCAGCUAAGAAGCAAAUAUCCUUGAAUGACAAAGAAGCAGACACUAUUCAGCGCCGUAUUGAUGAGAUCGACGUCGAUGAAGGAAAGCGUGCUAUGAUUGAGUCGAGGAUGGAAGAAACUGAAAAGAACUUGAAAAAGGAGAAGGAAAAGGCAAAGAAUGCUUCUUGGGAGACCGACCUUCAACAAAAUGAAGCAGAGAUCCAGUCCCUUGAAGACAAGUCUUCCAAAUUGAAUGCUGAACUGAUCCAAGGGACCAAGAAAGCUGGCGACUUGGCCCGAUUAGACCAUCUAAAGAAAGAGCUCAAAGACCGAGAGCGCAGUCUAGAAACCAUGUCUGGUGCUCAUGGUGAUCGGAUCUCCAAUUUAGUUGACCCGUCCUGGACUCCGAGCAAUGUAGAGCAAGGAUAUCAGAGCGCUCUCAAGAAGGCUUCUGAUCUCAUUACUACUGCCGAACGAGAGCGUGACGGUUCUAGUAAAGAACUUGAGCACCUCGACUUCAAGCUUAAAAAUGCUAGAAAAAGUCUCCAACAACACAGCGCGGAGGUUGAAAACGCGGCAAAGAAAAUCAAUGAUGUAAUUGGUGACGAGCCAGAGGAGUAUCCACAUACUGUUAAGCAAAAGCAAACUGAACUAGACAUGGCUAGAAAGGACGCAGACCAGUAUGCCGGUUUGGGUGAAUAUUUAAACAAGUGCCUCGACGCUGCAAAUGGCAAGAAAGUAUGCAGAACAUGUGCUCGGCCAUUCAAAACGGAAUCGGAACUCCAGAUAUUCAAAAACAAACUUAUGGCCUUGAUAAAGAAAGCUACGGAUGAAGAUGUGGUUGCUGAGAUUGAAGCACGAGAAGCAGACCUAGAAAAUGUCCGGGAACUUGGCACUGUUUAUGAAACUUGGAUCCGACUCACUGGCACCGAUAUUCCGGCUCUCAAAAAGGAGCAGUCUGAUCUUGAGUCAGAACGUGAAGGAGUCCUCGCAAAAUUAGAGGAGCGUGAUAGCAUCGUGGCCCAGAGGAUGGAAUCCAAAAGGAAUAUCGAGUCUCUGUCCAAGAAUAUCGCAAUAAUUGUGAGGUAUAAUAGUGAAAUAUUAAUACUUCAAAAGCAGAUAGGAGACCUCUCUGCGAAGCAGGAAGAGACGGGAAGUUCUCGGACCCUGGAAGAUAUCCAAGAUGAGAUCGCUACUCUCGGCGAGAAAUCUCGUGAACUCAAGCGGGUGGCCGGUAAAUUGACUCACGAACUGAACCAGUCUCGAGUGGAUGUCGGGAGGUUAGAGUUGAAACUCCGUGACUUACAAAGAGAGCUUGAUAACACCAACUUUCAACUUGAAAAGAAGACUACACUUGUCUCUCGAGUGGAAGAAUGUCGGAAUCUAAACUUAAAGCAACGGGAGACCAUUGAAAAUGCCGACAAUGACAUUGAGGGUCUUAUUCCAGAGGUCUCUACGGCUCAAGCAAGGCAUGAUGAUAUCAGUACUCGUAGCGAGCAGAGAGAAAGAGAGCUACAACAAGAGAUUUCUAGCCUAACUGAUAGUUUGCACCAACUAGAGCUGGCCAGCGAAGAUAUUACCAAUUAUAUCGAACGAGGAGGCCCAGCCCAGCUAGAGCGUAGCAAACGGGAGCUCCAGAACAUAUCAGACGAGAUCAAGCGUCUGGAAGCCGAGCAAACUGACCUUACACGUGAACUCAACAGCAUCUCUACUCGCUUGAAAGAUAGCGAGAGUACUAAACGUCAGUAUUCAGAUAAUCUUCGAUACCGUCAGGAAUCGAAGGCUCUUAUUAGUGUGAACCAGGAGAUAUCAGACUUAGAAUCCCAAAAUGCUGAGGUGGAUCGCAGUAGAUUCAGAGAAGAAUCAGAACGAAACACACGAGAACACAAUGCACUUGCGGCGAAGCAAGCAAGCAAAAUGGGUGAAAUGAAAUCAAAGGACGAUCAAUUGAUGCAGCUGCUUGCAGACUGGAACACUGACUACAAGGAUGCUGGGGCCAAGUUCAAGGAGGCGCACAUAAAAGUGGAAACCACUAAAGCCGCCGUAGAUGACCUUGGAAGAUAUGGCGGAGCUCUGGAUAAGGCAAUUAUGAAAUAUCAUAGCUUGAAGAUGGAAGAGAUUAACCGUAUCAUUGGAGAGCUGUGGCAAAAGACGUAUAGGGGAACCGACGUUGAUACCAUAUUGAUUCGGUCUGAUAAUGAAAGUGCAAGAGGGAACAGAUCCUACAACUACCGUGUUUGCAUGGUUAAGCAAGAUGCCGAGAUGGACAUGAGAGGGCGUUGCAGUGCUGGCCAGAAAGUUCUUGCAAGUAUCAUUAUCCGCCUAGCGUUAGCUGAAUGUUUUGGGGUUAACUGUGGCCUCAUUGCCCUCGAUGAACCAACUACGAACCUUGAUCGUGAUAAUAUUCGUUCCCUUGCCGAGUCAUUACAUGACAUUAUCAGAGCACGGCAACAGCAGGCAAACUUUCAGUUAAUCGUCAUUACUCAUGACGAAGAGUUCCUUCGAAGCAUGCAAUGUGGUGAUUUCUGUGAUUAUUAUUAUAGAGUGUCACGAAACGAGAGGCAGAAAUCUAUCAUUGAGAGACAGUCUAUCGCGGAGGUGAUGUAA